CUCACUGAAACAUAACAUAAUUCAUAAAUUAUUAGGUUGAAGCCUGUGAAAUCUAAAUUUCGUCGAGUUUGAUAUCCGUGUCGCGAGAGACACGAGGGUGACGUGAGUUGGCUGUUAUCGCGUUAGAGAUCUGACUGUCAGUUUUGUUGGAACUUGAUUAAAUUAAAAUCAAGACCGUGUCUGCGCUGGAGAAAAACGCCGGUUAAAUUGAUCUCAUUUAACGCGCAAGCAAGUUAAUUGAAUUCCCCGUUAAGUCGAGAUUGAAUUUGACAGCUCUUUAAAUGAAGCUGCGACAGGACCGUAAUUAUGACGAGAAAAGUGUCUAAUUGAAAUCUCCGCAUUAUGCGCGCUCGACGUCCUAACACGCCGAUCGACCGACGGCGAGUGACACAUACGAGGGAAAAUUUUAAAUAAUGUCUUUUACGAUUUAACAAUUUGAAAAAUCGUGAAAAAUGCGUUGGAUUCUGUUACCGUUGUUGACGUUGGUGCGCGCAAUAUGGUGCGCGCACGGCGCCUGCGAGCCGAUCAGAAUCGAAAUGUGUCGCGGUCUCGGCUACAAUGUCACUGUCAUGCCGAAUCUAGUUGGUCACGAGAUCCAAGGCGAUGCUGAUUUUACUUUGCAAACGUUCAGCCCGCUUAUUCAAUAUGGAUGCAGUGCGCAAUUGCAUCUAUUUCUGUGCUCGGUGUAUGCUCCAAUGUGUACCGAGAAGGUGCCCGCACCUAUCGGCCCCUGUCGAGGCUUGUGCGAGCAAGUGCGAGCCCGUUGUUUCCCAGUUCUUCAGGGAUUUGGCUUCCCCUGGCCCGCCGCGCUGAACUGCUCCAAGUUUCCACCGGAAAACAAUCAUCAACACAUGUGCAUGGAAGGACCGGGCGAGCCAGGACCGGCUAAUCCUAUCCAGGCGGUGAGCACCAGCAACGGACCCUGGGGCUGCUCCUGGUACGCCAAAUCCGGAUUAUACACCUUCUUAAAUCGCUCUGGAAAAUGCGCCGCCGCUUGUGACGCCGAUAUCCUUUGGUCCCAAAAGGAUAAGAGGCUCGCGGAGGCUUGGAUGGCCGUGUUCGCGACGGUGUGCCUGGUCUCCGUCGCGGUCGCCAUUCUGACACUUUUGAAGCCGCGCAAGCGGCCUAUCCUCACCACUACCGCAGAGCGUGCAAUAGUCUUCUUGACAAUCUGUCAUGCGGCAGUCGCAAUUGGCUACGUAAUUCGAUUGGCUGCCGGUCGGCUGAACGUCGCCUGUACUCCCGCGAUUCCGUUACAUCCGCAGGAUCAAGCUGUCUUGGCCCAACAGCAGCAGCAGCAGCAACAGCAACAAUAUUUAACGCAAGACGGCCUAGCUAAUCCGUAUUGUGCUGUUGUCUUUUUGCUGCUCUAUUACUUCGGAAACGCAGCGAUCGUUUGGUGGGUCGUGAUAUGCGCGUGGUGGUGCAUAAUGGCCAGAAAAUGGACGAGGACGGCCGGUAACUACAACAAGGAGGAUAGUUUCGGGCCGCAACAGGGAUUCUCAACCGUCGCCGCCGUCGCGGCCUGGGGCCUUCCCGCCGCGCACACCAUCGCCGUGCUGGUCACGAGAGAUGUUGACGCCGAUGAGUUAACUGCAAGCUGCUUUGUUGGCCAGCAGAACGCACACUCCCUCCUCGUAUUAGUACUGGCGCCGCAAUUCGUCUACCUAUCGUUUGGCACGACGUUCCUCUUGGUCGGCUUGGCGACGCUGGUGUUACCGCGACGACCGGCGGUGACCCCGACGUCGACGUCGACGUCGUCGUCCUCGUCGACGGCGGCUGCAGCGGCGGCGGCAGCGGUUCUCACCGCCCUAACGGCGUCCCACGCAAAUCCGCUGAUGCGCCCGCAGCGCGAGCUUCCCGGCAAAUCGUCCCCAGCCGAGAUCCACCGGCGGCAGAAGCAGUUGCUGACUCGCGUUGGUAUCUUCGCCUGCCUCUACGCCAGCCUGAUCGUCUGCCUCGCCAGCACGACCUUCUACGAGUGGUGGGGCAGGGAGACGUGGCUCCGGGCGCCGGAACCGUCGACGGCGCCGCGCAUACCGGCACGACCUCUCCUGCAGUUCUUCGUCCUGCGGCUGGUGGUGACCCUCGGUGCCGGCAUCAUGGCCGCCGCGUGGAUCUGGUGGCCAGAGGUGACGAGCGCGUGCCGCAAGCUGCCACACUGCAGGCAGCCGCCGUACAAGUGCCACCCGGUGCCCGUCGUGCACUGUUACAACGCCGGCACCGCCGGCAACCCCAUAUCUCAUCAUCAGAUUCACCAUCUCGCCCAUCUCACGCCGCCGCAGCAUCCCCUGUUGCAUCAGCACGCGACGCUAACGAAUUCGCAGAUACCCCAUAGGAAUCACAAAAAGCAUCGGAAGCAUCGGAAACAUUAUCAUUCCGGUAGCGAAACGCAAGUCUGAAAGCUGAACGCACAGUGAUUCGCGCGAAAACGUCGCGUUCGUAAUUGUUUUUUUCCUUGUUGCCUUAAGCCUAUCGCAUAUAAAAUGCAUAACAGAACGUAAGACCGAUGGGCCAAUGAGGAGUCAACAUAAAGUCGCCAUAUUGAUUUAUAUAAGAUUCUCACUGAUCUAUUGGUUUUAUAUUACGCGCUAUUAUACAUUUCGUAUGCUGUAGGAUUUACGUAUCUUGGAUAUGAUCUUGAACGGUACCUCUACUCCGUUUAUAUUUAGGAUUGUUUUUUUGUAUCUUGUUUUAACUCAAGCGACACGAUUUUAAAAUAGAUUUAAAAUACGUUUGAUAAACAUUGAAAAUCAAUUUUAAACGUUUCAAAUGAAAUAUAAACCUGUAAAAUUUGAUACGUUUUUUAAACUAUUUAAUUACUAAACGUUAUAAAAACAAGAUAACGUCUAUUUUAAUGCUUUUUUUUUCAAAUUUAAAAUACCGUUUUUAUAUGAGACAUUUCGAUGAUUUAAUAAAAGUUAAAACAUUAAAAACGCUUAAUAAACGUUUGUUAAAAUGUUUAUUAAACGUAAGUGGUUUGCUUGGGAAAAUUCCAUCCAGAGCCAACGAUAGCAUCUGGAUAUAAUUAUACUUGAUCCUAAGUAUAAGAGGUCAAAGUACCACCUAGAAAUGAUACAAGCGUAAUGUAUCUUUGUAUUUGCCUGCCAAUUUUUCUCACGGAUACACGUAAAUCCAUUUUAAGUUAUUUAGCUUCAUCUUAAUAGCGUCAUCUAUUCAAUAAUUAUUCAUCGAUCUUCUUUUGUGGUCUGCAGUUAAUUACAUUCGAUAAAGAAAUGUUUAAUUUUAUGAUAUUAAAAAGUUUUAUUUCUAUUUUUUUAAAUAGUUAAAAAUGUAUUGCAUUUAAAUCACUAAAAUAAUUUUUAAACGUUCAAAUAAGGGACACAAAUAAAACAUCUUAGAAUCAAAUAUUUCUUUGAAUGUAUAACAUGUAAUUACGCAAAUUUAAUGGCAUUUUAUUUUUUUCAGUUUAUAUAAAAUCUUGCUUUAUCCCUACUUAGUUCUGCAAACCUCUUCUUCAAUUCCUUAUCCUAAUCUCUUACGUAAUGCUCAAUAUUAUCCAAUCCAAAAAUCGCGAUCUCAUUUAUCAGUUAUAUCCUGCGGCACUUUGUUUUCUAUUUAUCCGCCAAUCUUCCUUAAUAAUGUAGCUGGCUUUCUCGCCGAUCAUGAUGGUCGGUGCGUUCGUAUUGCCGCUGACAAUGGUUGGCAUUACAGAAGCGUCAGCGACUCUAAGUCCUUGCACUCCGUAAACUCUUAAUCGUGGGUCCACGACUGCCUUGGAAUCACUUUGUGGUCCUUUGCAGGUACUUGUUGGAUGGUAAAUUGUAAAUGUAAAGUGCCGUAUGGCGCACUCCCAAUAUUCGUAUGUAUCGAAAGAAUAUUUGUAACGGCCCGGGCCGGGCUAUCACAGAUAUUCUUUCGAUACAUACAAAUAUUGGGAGUGCGCCAUGCGGCACUUUACAUUUACAAUUUACCAUCCAACAAGUACCUGCAAAAUAGGGCCACAAAGUGAUUCCAAGGCAGUCGUGGACCCGCGAUUAAGAGUUUACGGAGUGAAAGGACUUAGAGUCGCUGACGCUUCUGUAAUGCCACCCAUUGUCAGCGGCAAUACUAACGCACCGACCAUCAUGAUCGGUGAGAAAGCCAGUGACAUUAUUAAGAAAGAUUGGCGGAUAAAUUGAAAACAAAGCAGGACAUAACUGAUGAAUCAGAUCGCGAUUAGAUAAUAUUGAGCAUUACGUAAGAGAUUAGGAUAAGGAAUUGAAGAAGAGGUUUGCAGAACUAGGUAGGGAUAAAGCGAGUAUAAAAUAGGAUCAAGCGUGCCAAAGUCCCAUAGAAUUUAAUAAAUCCUCGUUGUAGGAUAACAUUAAAUUUUAAAUUGGUAUAUAUAUAACAAGCGAGACGAUGUAUCGCUUUCGUUCUGAUUUAUUGAAAGACUUAUGUCAGGGUUGUGACGUUUUCAAGAACUUCAAGAUGACAACAUGUAUUAUUUAUGUAUGCUUUACGUUAUUUUUAAACGAAUAUUUUUCAUGUAUACAAUGCAAGCAAUGUAAAUAUUGUAAAUUAUAAAUAGAAUAACUGAAUCCAGAAAAAGUAGAUUAUAAAAUUAUUAAUAUAUCCGACUUAGCAUUGGUAAAAUAAAAAAUAUAUAAUAUUAAAAAUAAAAGUAGAAUAUAUAAUUUUCAAUAUUUCUAACAUACAAUCUGAAUCUUCUAUGAUCCAAUGAUUAUUUAAAUUACAUAAGUUUCAUUGUAUACAUGUAGAGUACAAUAUAGAUUAUUUAUAUUAUAUUUUAUGCAUCAACACCCAACCCUGAUUAUAUGUAUUAUAUAAAAGCUUUGCUGCGUCCCUGACGGAAAUAAAUUGCUGAAAUUGUUGAAAACAACUUUGAAAAUAUUAAAUCAAUAAUAAAUGAUUAUUACUGAAACAUUGUUGAUAUAUAAAUAUAUUUCAAUAUAAUCAUAUUUAUACUACUAUAUAUAAAAUACUAUAAAUUUUAAAAAUAAUUAUUAAAAAUGAUGGAAAGAAUGAAAAAAAAAAAAAAAAAUUAUAUAUAUAAUAUUUAUAUAGUUUAACAGAAAGUUGUACACUGAAAUACAAUGAAUCCUAAGAACAAAUAAUGAAAAUGUUAGAAAAGUUUAAAACAUUGUUAUUCAUUAUAAUGUUCAGCAUAAUAUUUCCAUCAGGGGCAUCACAGCAUCUUCUGUGCACACCAUUGAAUUUAUCCGCCCAAAUAUUCGUGGGGACGAGAAAAUGGUGAGUUACUAAACUAAAUUUAAACCUCGAGGAAUCGUAGAACAGGCCGGAGGGGAAGAAUGCAUUUGUUUCGAUCUCCGUCUUCCUAAACUCGCGCAAUGCCGUGAUCGUGUAACUGUAAACGAUACAUACAUGUAUAUAGAAUAUCUCGCAUACAAAUUGUAGAACGAUCGCACCUUGACUCUGUGAUGUAUAAUUUCUAAUGGUGCGAUUCUCAUAUGCUUUAAUCUUUAAGUUGUCAGGAAAUAAAUUCGAUCAAUUUUCCUUUAUCACACUUUUUAUCCUCUCGUAAAUGGAUUUCGAUUUUAUAUUAAAAAAAAUAAAAAAGUAUAUAAGAAACAUAUUUGAUUUCGUGUGAUAACGACAAAUUAUUUAAAUCGAUCGUUAAUACAAUAUGUAAUACAGAUAUGUUAAAAAUGUGUAUAUAUUUCUAACAAAAUAAUAAUUGUAUAAAAAUGGUGACAGAUUCUUUGUUUAACCUACUUACCUACCGCCUACUAACCUUAUUAUUUUAGGUUAGGUUGCUAAGAAUCGAGAGCACGGUGCGACCUUGUGUGGGCACGUAGAAACCAGAAGCCAGUGAAAAACUAAACAAUUAAAAAAGCAGAGAUAAAACGAAGAUUAGUAAGAUUUGAUAAAAGUUGAGGUUAAGUAUAGUUAACUGGCCGUAAACAGGACAAAGUAUUGAAAAAUAGUAUCAUUGAUUAUUUAUAAAAAAAAAAAAAAACAAUUUAAA